CACGGUGUGAUCCUCCGUGUCCCGCGGAUAGUGACGAGUGCGUCAUCUCCUUCUUUCCGACCCAAAUCAGGAUGUAGCAAUAAAUCGUGAUGAGACUAUUGAUUGAUACUGACUUCCCAUCAGCAUGAGUGCGACUACAUAAAGACUAAAACAUUUUUUUUUCAUUUUUAGGGCGACCCCGUCCUUUAAGGCCAUGCCGCUCAGAUCUCGUCCCUCAAAGUGAGAAGCGAUGAGGCAAAAAAAAAGACAAAGACACAUGAGCUCAUCUGUUUGUGGUGACAGGACCGUCAGCUUGUACAUGACCUCCAACCUUUUUCUGUUUUAUCACCCGACUAUCUCCUCUGCUUCUCAACCCGAUCAUUUAAUCAUUGAUCUCCUUAUGUAAGUCCUCCACCGGUGAGAUGCCACCAAAUCAACGGCGAGAAACAAUUACAUAACUGACAAGAUUAUCACUCAGAGGGCUGCAUGAAAAAGAAACAGCAUUUUUUAGCCUAAACUGAAGCACUGAGGAGGAUUUGUUCUGGGAAAUAUUUCUCGAACAAGCUCUUCCAACAGUUUGUGAUUAAUUCCGUCAGCCCCUGGUCACCUGACUUCCUCUGUGCUGCGUACAGUGACGAUGAUACUGAUUGACGUUUUGUUUCCCUGCUAUCUUUUCACCUUUGUUUGUGAGGCAAACCCUCCCAAACUCCCCCGACUCCCUGUGUUUUAUUACACAUGUGCAAGGUCCAAAGAUCAGCGUGUGCAUGCGUUUGGGUGGUGGGUCCCUCCGGUAUAAAACCAACCAGCUGUCUUACUGAUAGCAACAGUCCUUUUCACUUCUUACUCACUCACACAUCACUAGACUUUCUCUCCUUCUCUAAAGAGGCUAAAGAUGAACGCUUUAAUGGACGCCGUGCAGGGUUUUGGGGUGAGCACCACCCACUACCUGCAGACCAACUACCAGGACGCCCAGGGCUUGUUUCUGUGGGUGUCCUGGGCCGCGGACCUCAGGAACACCUUCUUCAUCUUCUUCCCGCUGUGGUUUCACCUGCGGGCGUCGGUGGGCAUUAAGCUCAUCUGGGUGGCUGUGAUUGGAGACUGGCUCAACCUGGUGUUCAAAUGGAUUCUGUUUGGAGAGCGGCCAUACUGGUGGGUCCACGAGACGGCUUAUUACGCAGGCAGCGUCCGUCCACACAUCGAGCAGUACCCCAUGACCUGUGAGACCGGACCAGGCAGCCCCUCCGGACACGCUAUGGGAGCCGCCGGCGUCUACUACACCCUGGUGACCUCCAUCCUCGCCGUCAUGACCAGCAAGAAGAAAUUCGGAGGCAAGAAAUCCACCAACAAGACCUGGUAUCUGAAGGCUGCUUUGUGGACGCUGUUCUGUGGAGUCCAGGUGUGCGUCUGUCUCUCCAGAGUCUUCAUCGCCGCCCACUUCCCACACCAGGUGGUUGCUGGAGUUAUCACAGGUAUGAUCGUGGCUGAAGCCUUCGACAGAACUCAGUGGAUCUACAACGCCAGCAUGAAGAAGUACUUCUACACCACCCUCUUCCUGACCUGCUUCGCUGUUGGCUUCUACGUCCUGCUCAAAGCGCUGGGCGUGGACCUGCUCUGGACCCUGGAGAAAGCCCAGAAGUGGUGCAUCAAGCCUGAGUGGGUCCACCUGGACAGCACGCCCUUUGCCAGCCUCCUGCGCAACAUGGGCACCCUGUUCGGCCUGGGUUUGGGCCUGCACUCGCCCCUCUACACCGAGACCAAGAAGAGCAGCAGCACGUUGGUGAAAGCGGGGUGCGUCAUCAGCUCUCUGGUCCUACUCCACCUGUUCGACUCCUUCAAGCCUCCCACACACACCGCCGCCCUCUUCUACCUGCUGUCCUUCUGCAAGAGCGCCACCGUGCCUCUGGUCACCGUCAGCAUCAUCCCGUACUGCGUGAACGGAGCCCUGAGCCUGCAGAACAAGAAGGGAAUGUGAGGGAUGAGCUCACAUUAUACAGACUUGUGAAACAGAAACAAAAAAAGCUUUUCUCUGGUGCUUUUGACUUCACACGUCCAAUUGACCCUCAGGAAAAGCCUGUCACUGCUGUCUGGGGACGCUGAACUCUGCGAGCACAGUGUGACACUGUGUGAAAGCGAUAUCCAGGAGGCUCAGGGGCACUUACAAAGUCCAAUUCUGCAUUCAUUCACACAACGUGAUAAUUACAAUUGCUUCAGAAUCCGGGAAAAGGACACAUGACGAACUGUAACGAGAAUAUUUUCUUCCAGUUGCUGUCAAAACUCACUUUAAAGACAAAAACAGUCAUUCCCAGCUUUCAUAUGGUGUCUCAACUUUAAUAGUAAUGUAUUUUAAAUGUUUUUAAAAAGUAUUUUUUUGAAGUGUUUUGAAUAUUUUUAAUAAAAAAUACUGAAAAUGUA